AUGCAAUACCUCCUACUUUGUGCUGCCAUCCUCCUGUCUGAGAGUCUUGCUUUUCCAGCACAACUUAAACAAGAAUCACGGAGCAACACAGACCUUGAGAAUGUAAAGGCAUAUCUUGAUAAAUUCUUUCCACUUCUUACAAAAACACAAAGCCUAAGCUUAGAAGAGAGGAUUAAAGAAAUGCAGAGGUUUUUCCACCUGACUGUAACUGGAAAAUUAAAUGCAGAAACAGAAGAAACAAUGAAACAGCCCAGAUGUGGUGUCCCCGAUAUAGCAGAUUACAGCACAUUUCCUGGAAAUCCAAGAUGGAAAAAGACACGUUUGACUUACAGGAUUGUCAAUUACACACCUGAUCUACCUGUAAAGAAAGUGGAUGCUGCAAUUAAAAGGGCUUUUAUGGUAUGGAGUGAUGUGACUCCACUGCAGUUCCAAAGAGUAUUCAAGGGAUACGCAGACAUUAUGAUUCAAUUUGCACGUCGUGAGCACGGUGAUGGAGAGCCUUUUGACGGAAGAGGUAGAGUACUAGCUCAUGCGUUUGCACCUGGAGAAGGGCGUGGUGGAGAUGCUCAUUUUGAUGAGGAUGAAAGGUGGUCAGAGUCCAAUAAAGAAACUAAUUUGUUCCUUGUUGCUGCUCAUGAACUUGGCCAUUCUUUGGGACUUGCUCAUUCAAAUGUCCGUGAAGCUCUGAUGUACCCUACCUACUCAUAUGUGAACCCAGCAACCUUCAGACUUUCAGAGGAUGAUAAGCGAGGAAUUCAGAAGUUAUACG